AUGGCAUAUAGCUAUCGAAACUCACAGCAACGCUUUCACAAGGGUCGUCAGAGCAGAAUCCUCGUCCCACAUGACGGGCAGGCCGGUAUUCUUUUUACCAUCAACCCCAUGCAGGGCCUCCGCGCCCGCCGUGAGGCUCAGAACUACCUGACGAGCCUGACCGCCGACCUCCAGGCGUCCUCCCACGGGACACCCCGGGGAGGCAUCACAGCGGAAAAGAACGAAAGCGAAGAGGAAAAUGUGCGGCCGGAGGGGGAAGUGGGCGAGCCUCAGCGGGCUGGGACGACGUCGAGCCUGCUGGCGAUGGAGCUCUCUGCCGCGGUCUCUCGGGGCCCUGGCAAGAAGAGACCUCGGGAGGGGCCUGGGAGCGAGAAAGGCGGGCUCGUGGGGGAGGAGGUGGCCUCCGCGCCGCGCUGGUUCCACGAGCUCGAGACGUCCUGUAAGGGUUAUUUACUCCUGCGGGUUCCCACGUUAGCCCCGGAAAAGACCUGUGUCCUUUGCCAUGCCUCGAAAACCCAUCUACAGGAAUUGCCGCCAGGUACAGCCGGUGCUCCUGAGGAUGCAAAUCCACAGGAGCCAUCAGAGGAAAAGGCACCUGAAAAAAGCGGCGACAUGCAAAGUGAUAAGGAUGGGGAACCUAUGCUAAACCGUGGCACUCUGCCUGCGCAUACAAUUGUGAUUAAUCCUCUGGUUUCGCACCUUGUGGAACGCAUAUUUAGGGAUCUUCACGAGAACCCACGUCCGAUAUUUAAACAUUCUUUUCGCAUGAUCCCGGUGGAGUUGACAUGCUGCCCUACCUUGCCAGAGAUGCAGGCGGCUCUGCGCAAACUUAUUGAAGUGCACUUUCCACCGAACAAUCAAGCUUCCAUAGCCAACGCGCAUGAAUCCCUUUCAGAGAUUGCUUUUACAAGAGUUCUUGAUGUAGCUCCUGCAAAGAAAUGGCCGAUGACUUCUGCGAAAGACGAGGAAAGAACUCACUGCGCUGACAAUGAAAAUAGAAGUAAUGUGAUGCACAAAGUUGGGUUUCGAUUAAUCAUUAAAAACAACUCCAAUGUAGAGGCCAAAAAAAUGCUCUAUCUUUCAGAGUUGCAUGCAGCUUUUCCAGCCAAUCGCUUUAUUGUGUUUCCUCCUUCUCACAUUGAUCAAAAACGCGAGAAUGUGAACAAACCUCAUCUGGAGGCGGUGGUGUGUGUAAUGAUACUCCAUGCUACGUGUAUUAUGGGGGUACAACCUCUUUUUUUCGAACGAGAUGCAUACAACAUGCAUGACAUCAGUGAGAAAACUCUGGUGUUGACAAAUUCAGUAACUCGUUUGCAGAAGUAA